AUUCAAGCUCAAAGUUCCAACCAACCUCACACAGAACAUUUUGCUCUCUCCUAAUCUCUAGCGAGCAGCUAGUAUAUACAUCUCCUUAUCUUAGAAACAUAAAGAUGUCUUUCUCUUGUUCGAGUAGACUUUCUUCCAUGCCUUUGUUUGCUCUGUUAAUUGCUUGUCUAGUGGGAGCCUCCAUGGGUGGCAAUUUCUUCCAAGAUUUUGACAUCACCUGGGGCGAUCAACGUGCUAAGAUACUAAAUGGUGGCCAACUUCUCACACUAUCUCUUGACAAGGAUUCUGGUUCUGGCUUCCGAUCCAAGAAUGAGUACUUGUUUGGCCGAAUCGACAUGCAAAUCAAGCUAGUAUCGGGCAACUCGGCUGGCACUGUCACCACAUACUAUCUAUCUUCUCAAGGGCCGACCCACGACGAGAUUGACUUCGAGUUUCUAGGCAAUUUAACUGGAGAACCAUAUACUCUCCAUACCAAUGUGUUCUCCCAAGGGAAAGGCAACAAAGAACAGCAGUUUUAUCUCUGGUUUGAUCCCACAAAGGCUUUCCACACCUACUCUAUUGUGUGGAACCAACAACAAAUAAUUUUCUUGGUGGACAACAUCCCCAUAAGAGUAUUCCACAACUCGGAAUCAAUCGGAGUGCCGUUCCCGACGAAGCAACCCAUGAGGAUAUAUUCGAGUCUCUGGAAUGCUGAUGAUUGGGCAACGAGAGGGGGGCUUGUGAAGACUGACUGGACACAAGCUCCUUUCACUGCUUCUUACAGAAAUUUCAAAGCCAGUGCUUGUGUUUCGUCACCUGUAUCAUCUUGCACCUCCACCUCCCCCAAUUCCUUGCAGGACAGUACCUGGCAAGUUCAAGCUCUUGAUGCCUCCGGCCGCAACAGGCUUCGAUGGGUGCAGCAGAAGUACAUGAUUUACAACUACUGCACUGACUUGAAACGAUUCCCUCAGGGUAUCCCAGCUGAAUGCAAGCGAUCAAGAUUCCUUUGAAGAAACUAGACAUUAAUGACUCUGUUCCAGAUUAUGAAAAUUCUUUAUUCUUUAUGCAAAUAUAUGUAAGUGUAAUAUGAAACAAAUUAACUUCAAUUCUUUAUUCUUUUUGCAAAUAAAAAUUAAUAAAACAUUAAAUAAAUCAUUUUUAA